GGAACGAACGGUUAAGAAGUGGCUGUGUGAAUUGAUUUUUUCUUACUUAAAGAGGAAUUUCAUUCUUAUCAGAAAAUUGCAUAGUUAAAAUAGAAUCCUGUUUGUAUAAUAUAGUGUAAUUUUAAUUAUUUAAAGAUGCCCGUAGAUCAAAUACAAUACUCGGAAAGAUACAGCGAUGACGUUUAUGAGUAUCGGCAUGUCAUCCUGCCACCAGAUCUCGCCAGACUAGUUCCAAAGUCUCAUCUCAUGACGGAGACAGAGUGGCGCAACCUGGGCGUGCAGCAGAGCCCCGGCUGGCUGCACUUCAUGGUCCAUAACCCUGAACCUCAUGUUCUACUCUUCAGAAGACCUAAGUCUAAUGUACAGAAUGUUAUGAAUGGCUUAGGAAGUAAUUCUGCAACUGUUCGGGUAUAAAUCUUACUAGGUCAUAUA